GAGACUUCAGCACGAUGUCUUACCAACAGCAGCAGUGCAAGCAGCCCUGCCAGCCUCCUCCUGUGUGCCCACCCAUAAAAUGCCCAGAACCUUGUCCUCCUCCAAAGUGUCCUGAGCCUUGUCCUCCCCCAAAGUGCCCAGAGCCUUGUCCUGAGCCAUGUCCUCCUCAGCCGUGCCAGCAGAAAUGCCCUCCUGUGCAAUAUCCUCCACCAUGCCAGCAGAAGUGCCCACCCAAGAGCAAGUGA